AUGGCAAACUUCGGCGCUUUCAUCUCAACUCGUCCGGUCGCAGGGGGAGGUGCCGGGUCCUGUCCUCAGAAAGGAUGUGUGCUUUGCCAGAUAGGGCAAGUUGCUCGCAAUACAUCAUUGCACAGGCGCACGGUCCGCCACUUCACCAUUUGUGUAAUAAGCGAGCUGCAAGAGAUGACAGCGCGUCGCCGUCAUUGCUACCGUUGCACUCGAGCCAUCCUAACUGUCGAGAACCUGAAGUGGAAGCUGGCGAAGACAGGACUGAUGAUCUCGACUACUCAAUGCCUGGUUACGGACAUGGCAUUCACAAACUUUAUGCCCGUGUCUUGGAAGAUCCGGGUCCGUUGUUUCUAUGCGCAGGUUUGGCCCCCCGCCGACAUUCCUGAACUUUUGCUGUGCUCCACAGUUAAGGCCAAGAGAAGUAGUGAUUCGAACCAAGGCAUCUCCGGUUAA